AUGUCUGGGCGCCGAGGCCAGCGGCCAGGGCACUGCUUGUGCUGGCUGCUGUGCUGCGUCCUCCUGUCCCCAGCCACGGGCUACGUGAUCGUGAGCUCCGUGUCCUGGGCGGUCACCAACGAGGUGGACGAGGAGCUGGACAGCGCCUCCACCGAGGAGACGCUGCCCACGAUGCUGGAGGACUCUGGCAGCAUCUGGCAGCGGAGCUUCCCGGCAUCGGCGCACAAGGAGGACGCGCACCUGCCGCCCCCAGUGGGCGCUGCCGGCGCCAGGCCGCCCCCAGAGCCUCCGGGGAUGUUUUCCUACCGGCGCGAGAGCGGCGCGAGGCUGCGCCCGGGCACCGCCCGCUUCCUGGCCCACGCCAGCGCCUGGGGCUGUCUGGCUACCGUGUCCGCGCACGAGAAGAUGCCAGGACUGCCAUUUGGGAACUGUCUGCCCAUCAGUGAUGGCCCCUUCAACAACAGCACUGGCAUUCCAUUCUUCUAUGUGACUCCCAAGGACCCCGUGGUGGUGGAUCUGAUGAAGAACCCCAUGGCCUCGCUCCUGCUGCCGGAAUCCGAGGGAGAGUUCUGCAGAAAAAAUAUCGUCGACCCAGAAGAUCCUCGUUGUGCCCGGUUGACACUCACUGGCCAGAUGGUCGCAGUGUCUCCAGAAGAAGUAGAAUUUGCCAAGCAAGCCAUGUUUUCAAGACACCCAGUUAUGAGGAAGUGGCCUCGUCAAUAUGAAUGGUUCUUUAUGAAGCUGAAGAUAGAACAUAUCUGGCUUCAGAAAUGGUAUGGGGGAGUAGCGGACAUUUCCCAGGAGGAAUAUUUCAAAGCCACUCCAAGAAAGGCCUGAUGGGGUAAGAAGAAAGUCCUUAAUGUUUGCAUAAAAUGGGAGCCUUUUAAGUGAUGCUA